AUGCGCGUCCCACCCUCCCUCCGAGCCCGGCACCGCCUCCCUCCUCCUCCUCCCUUUCCCGGCCUGUUCCCCGCCACCUCUUCCCGGGGAAGGGACGAGGGCGGCCGGAGUGCGGCACGUACCCGCCGCCAUGCAGAUCACGCUGAAGACGCUGCAGCAGCAAACCUUCCGCAUCGACAUCGACCCCGAGGAGACGUUAUGACUGGAAAGCAAGGGUAUCUGUCCUUGAUAUGGAUACCAACAGGCUGGAAGGUGUUCCCUUUAAAAGUGAAGGCACUGAAAGAGAAGAUUGAAUCAGAAAGGGGGAAAGAUGCCUUUCCAGUAGCUGGCCAAAAACUAAUUUAUGCAGGUAAAAUCCUUAAUGAUGAAACUGCUCUUAAAGAAUACAAGAUAGAUGAGAAGAACUUUGUGGUGGUUAUGGUGACAAAACCCAAAGCAGCAGCUGGAGCGACUCAGCCGUCAAAUGCUACUUCCACUGUUGGCUCAACAACUGCAGCUCCCACAGCAGUUGCUGCACCAAUCCCUGUUCCUGCCCCUGUGCCAGCUCCUGUCCCUCCACCACCAGCAGCAGAUGCAGUUGCUUGUGAACCAGCACCUGUGAGUGCUCCGAAAGAGGAGAAGACAGAAGAAAAGCCACCUGAGGCACCAGUUGCUGUCAGUCCAUCAUCAAUUGACAGUACAACAGGUGAUACAUCUCGAUCAAAUCUUUUUGAGGAUGCUAUAAGUGCACUUGUGACCGGUCAGUCCUAUGAGAACAUGGUGACUGAGAUCAUGUCCAUGGGCUAUGAGCGGGAGCAGGUGAUUGCAGCACUGAGGGCCAGCUUCAACAACCCUGACAGAGCAGUGGAAUACCUUCUGAUGGGGAUACCUGGAGAUAAUCAGGCUGUGGCUGACCCCCCUCAACCACCAAGCACUGGUGCAUCUCAGUCUUCAGCAGUGGCAGCAGCAGUAGCAACUAUACCCACGACUACUAGUUCACUAGGAGGACAUCCACUUGAGUUUUUACGAAAUCAGCCUCAGUUCCAGCAGAUGAGACAAAUUAUCCAGCAAAAUCCUUCUCUGUUGCCAGCAUUGCUACAACAAAUUGGAAGGGAAAACCCCCAACUACUGCAGCAAAUAAGCCAGCACCAGGAACAUUUUAUUCACAUGUUGAACGAGCCAGUUCUAGAGUCUCGCCAAGGUUUAAGUGGCAGUGAUGAUGGUGCCAGCACUGGAGGAAUAGGAGAUGCUGGGAAUGCUCAUAUGAACUACAUUCAAGUAACACCUCAGGAAAAAGAAGCUAUAGAAAGGUUAAAGGCAUUAGGAUUUCCUGAAGGACUUGUGAUACAGGCAUAUUUCGCUUGUGAGAAGAAUGAAAACCUGGCUGCCAACUUUCUUCUACAGCAGAACUUCGACGAAGACUGAGAGAAUUUUUUUUUUUUAUUUCACACCUCACACCAGUGCAUUACACUAACUCUGUUCACUGGAUUGUCUAGGAUAUUUGGGCUUACAUUCAUAAUGCUUGUUGUAUGGAAUAUAGGGGGUGGGUGGAAGGGAGAACAUAGGAAACAAAGCAAAGAAAGCAACAAGUUUUCAAUGUCUGUUUUAAAUUAGCAGAUACAGAAAAUCGCACAGUGUAAAAAAAAAUAUAUAUACAACCAAAAAAUCAGCUUCUGCAGAUAAUUAGUCCCUUCUGUAAACUGUAGGUUAACUUUUUCUAGGUUUUCACUCUUACUGUACUAGUUCCAGAAAUGUAGUGUAAUGCACUGCUUCAUGUUCCUUUCCACUUAGUAUUGACAUUGGAAGUAGCCUGUGUGACGUAGAUUUUACAGUCUGUAUUUCAUGGCAACACUGGAUAGCAGCUUUGUGAAAUCUAAAAGAUCUGAGCAAAUGUAAUCCUGAAUGCCAAAAUAGGGGUAUUCGGGUCUUUUUUCUUCAGCUGUGUUAAAGUAGCACAAGAAACACAGUAUUUUUGUCUAAUGCUGAAUUAGAACAGUGUUGGCUUUUUUCUUUUUUUUUGCAAUGAAAACCCAUUACAGUUAAAAGUGUCCUGAUUAUUGAGAAACACCACCCCCUCCUUUGUCCCCCUGAAAUGAUCUGAGAAACUAUAUACACACAGAAAAAAAUUAUUAUCCUGUUUACAUAUUUUUUCUUUGGGAAAAAAAAUAUAGAUACCUAAUUACUGUUCUUCUAAUGUUAUCUUGCAGUAAAAGUUUUGAAAGCAAUAGAUUGCAUGUUUGGUUUUGUUAUAUGCACUCUAGUGAGUUGAAUAUUCUUUUUCUGCCAGCAAACAAAAUGCAAGCUUCAUUUUUGUCUGCUGCAAUGAGAAUUUAUCAAAUCAAAUUUCACCUUCCCAACUUUGUUGAACCAGCUUUUAUAGUACAGCUAUAAGUGUUCUGUUCUCUUGAGUAGAUUGUAGUGUUCAAGCUAUUUCUGUUAAGUAAGGACUUUUGGGGAUUUAUUCACUUUAUAAGGAUGAGAAGUUCAAAACUUGAGAUAUCAAGCAAACGAUGAAUUUAUUCCAAUGUAAAAAAUUGACACUCGAAACUUUAUAUUGAAAAUAAACUCUGGUUACAGAGUUUUGAAUCUUACUUUUUCAUACCUACUUAUCAUUUAUUUUGUUUAGUCAUCAUAAAAUGUUAACAAUCUUUUUUUUUUUAUACAUGUUUACUUUUAGAGGUAAUUUUGCCCAUCAUUGCAAUACUAUGAAUAAAAACAAAUGUAAAUUUAAUCUAAAGCUGUUCUGUGCAACGUUACCUGAACACAACAUGGGGAUAGUUUGAUUUUUCUACUGUUGUAGUCCAAUUACCUGGAUUACAAAUUUACCUCUGCAGUAACCAGGAAAAAAUAUUAUUAGUGGUACAGCACUGAAUUCCUGUACUACUAAUGAUAUUAAUGAUUUUAAUGAUUUAGUGGUACAACUAAAAAAUUAUUUUCUGCUGAAUUUGUUUAUCAAUGGAUUAACUACUUAGCUACUACUUAAGCUCAAAGUACAAGUCAAGUGUCUUGAAAAACGAGCUAAAAAGACUGAAACAUUUGUAUUUCAUUUCUUCAUUGAUUGGCCAUAGUCUGUAAAAAUAUCUGCACAAAACAAUGAAAUGUAUUAAAGCCUUUUAUUUUUUUUUCUAUUCUUAUA